AUGAAGCUUUUGUCACUUUUCCUCGUUGGUUUUGCUGCUGCUCAGACUGUAGCUGAAGAUGGUACUACUGUAGAUUCGCUUGAUGCUAGAGGAAGGAAAAACAGAAACAAGAACAAGAAUAAUAAGAAAAACAAGAAAACAACCACGACAACUACUGAAGCUCCUACUACAACUACCGAUGCUCCAACAACUUCAACAACGACCACAACAACCACUACGACAACAACAACGACGGAAGCUCCCACAACGACAACCAGCACCGCCGCCCAAAUCACCGAUCUUCGAACCAAGGCCGCCAAAGACUCUUUCGCCAACCUCCUUUCUGGCCAGCAAAACUCAGCUUCUUCCGCGAGUCAAGUCGCUGCCAGCUCCGCCGGACGCGCUGAAUCCUCGAGCUCGAGCGUUCCGGAGACGAAUGAGUGCUUUACCUGCGCUGUUGACAAUCCCAACGCAAGUGACCCAUUCGAGGUGAUCCGGCAGUGCCAGGAUAACGGAAUGGUACUCACGUGUAACAAGGGAGAUAGCUGCAUGGUCGAGUCGAGAAUGCGAGGAGGAAACACUUAUCAGGUGAUCAUGUCUUGCAAACAAACCCAAGCCUGCCUUGUGCAGCGAUCUAACAACGGAAACGACUGUAAGUGGGAGAAUGGAAUCCAAACUUGCCGACAAUGCUGCAACGAGUACAACUGCGCCGCCGACAAGUAUUUCGGAGCCCUUGAUGCCGAUGCUGACUCGCUGAUGGGCAACUGGUGGUCCGAAGACUUUAUGAUUCCUAAGUAG